GUAGCUAGGCACGACCGGGACACCACGACCGCGAUUAAGAACCCUCACAACCACCGAGGUACGCGCGAGCCCGUCCCUCCAGCCAGACGAAGGUUGAGACACGGUAGCGCCGAUUGAAGCCAACUGCCACGACGGCAACAUGGAACGACAAGCGGCUACACCACAGGGCGAUGCCCAGCAAUUGGCAACGAUGAUGGCCCAAGUGAUGGCCCAGAUGCGAGACCAGAACCAACAGAUGAUGGCCCAGUUAAGGGACCAGAUCGACAAUCUUCGAACCGAGCAAGCCAACGAACGCGAAGCGAUGGGGCUGCAGAUCAAGGCCCUCCAGAAUCACAUUGCCGCCAUGCAGAAUACUUCCGUCGACACCCCGCCAGCAGCCACACCCACGCCUCAGCCAUCGGCAUCAGCUCCUCCAGCCCCUGCUUCGACCCAGACAAAAAAGAAACCAACGCUGCCAGACCCCCCUCGCUUCGACGGGGUUCGACGAAACGCCCCAAUUCCCAAGCAUAUGUCAAGAGGUCAACCCCAAAGCUCCCUGCGAUUGAAGAUCUGGUGGAUUCAGAGUCGGACGCAUCUGACCAGACGGAUGGUGAGGAAGAGGAGUUAAAAGAGUAGCUCCUGGCAGAAGUCGUUGCCAGGAGCAUUUGGAGGCUAAGCGAGCUUGGAAGGAGGCUGAGAAGGAGAUGGAUGAGGAACCAGUCAAAGCCCUCGUUCGACGCUUACGCCUCCCACGCAUCCCCAUUACCCCCCG